CAUGCCUGGUUUAGAGACGUUCCACCUACGAGUUUAUAUUCAUUGAAGAUAUGCUGCUAUGUUAUUGUAUUCGCGUAUCUGUGUUAUUUAAUCUGGUACAAAAGUUCGUUACGCGAAACCAAUAUCGGCUCGCGGCCGCUGACGAUACGGACUCUGAAGAAGGCUUAUAAUCCAUAGCAGAGUCUGAUCCCGAGUAGAAUCUUAGCUCUCCGAUUGCGUCUGUUUAGGAGAAAUCAUUAAAUCUUGUUGGGUUUUGACUUGAUUUUGACAUAAUGUUUAUUUGAGGUUAAUAAAUGAUAUCGAAAGCCCCCGCGACGUGAAAUUAAAAUUCUACUUUGUUUACUACGUUUCCGUGGACACACGUGACUGCGUAGAUUCGCGAUUGCUGAUUGGCUAAACUUGGUCGUAUUGUUACGUUUGAAUUGAAUAGAACUUUUUCGAUGAACAGCUGGAAGGUAGAAAUUUGGGGCAAUUCGUCCACAUUUUGAAAUGGAAUAAGUCGUAUUAAAUUGAAUAGCCUAAUAAAAGAGUUUGUCUAUAUUUUUUUUAGAUUUUAGAGGUAAACCUAUAUAUAUAUAUUUAUAAAAUUUACGUAACUUUCGUAAUGGCUUCUCAAAACACAAAUCCACAUGUCGGCGUAAUUUCCUCUACGAAAGAAAAAUCAGCGAAUCAAACUACUAAAAAAGACUCUAAUUCCGUCAAAAAAAGAUUACACCAAGAGCUUAUGGGACUAAUGAUGUCGGCGGAAACUGGUGUUUCAGCAUUUCCAGAUGGCGAUAAUUUGUUUAAUUGGGUCGGAACUAUAGAAGGCCCAGAGGGAACUGUUUAUCACGGCCUGACAUAUCGUUUGUCAUUUGAAUUCACGAGUAGCUACCCAUAUGAUCCACCCACUGUGAAGUUUUCAACUCCCUGUUUUCACCCCAAUGUUGAUGAGUUUGGAAACAUUUGCCUCGAUAUUUUAAAAGAGAAAUGGUCAGCUCUGUACGAGAUUCGAACCAUUUUGCUUUCCAUACAAUCUUUAUUAGGAGAACCAAAUAAUGACAGUCCUUUGAAUGUACAAGCUGCUGAUAUGUGGGCAACGCAAACAACAUACAAGAAGCACUUAUUGAGCCACUAUGAAAAGACCGCAAAAGGACCUUUAUGACAGCAGUUCUACUGCAGAGGUAACAGAACUGGUUGGUAGAUCAGGUGCACAUGGACUUCC